GUAAUCAAGCUGUGAACGACAAACAUGCGACCAGCGGCUGAGGUCAAUCAAUACCAACAGCUGCUAUUGGCGUACUCGAACUUCGCCGAGUUCCAAGCUGCGGUCCUCGACUCAGACCAGCACCUUGACAUCCUCGAAGGGUUGCGAUCUGUUUGCUGGAAGAUAUUUUUGCUCUUCCGUAACCUUGAUCAAGCACAAUGGCUCUCCAGUCUCACCAAGUCCCGCUCCGCAUACGACGCCCUACGCACACACUAUUUACGCGCUAUAGAGAAUCCUGAUGAGGUGGACACUGCCGACGAUCCGCUUGUCGAGAACACUGAGUCACCGUGGACCACCUUGAGGCAAGACGAAGCCAUCCGACAGGAAAUCUUUCAAGACAUAGAGCGGUGCAUGCCCGAGAAUACGUACUUCCGGCAACCGGAAACGCAAAGUCUUAUGUUGGAUAUUCUGUUUGUCUACACAAAACUCAACCGUGAUGUCGGUUACAGACAGGGCAUGCAUGAACUUCUCGCUUUUAUCCUAUGGACUGUGGAAAGGGACGCUGUGAAGGUAGAUGAGCAGGAGCAAAUGUUGCAUCAGGUACUGGAUGCGAGAUACGUUGAGCAUGAUUCCUUCACACUCUUUGUUGAGAUCAUGAGGACAGCAAAGUCAUUUUAUGAUCCGGCUGGCGUGGGAACCCAGGAAUUCCUAAGAUCCGGUGUUAAUCAUGUGGAAAACGAAUCCGCUAUGCUUCAGAAAAGCAGUCAUAUAUUUAUGACCCUGCUUCCGCAGUAUGAUCCUGGCUUAGCUGCACAUUUGAUGGAGGUGGAUAUUUCACCGCAGUUGUUUCUAAUGCGCUGGGUGCGAUUAUUGUUCGGAAGGGAAUUCCUUUUCAACGACACACUACGAGUUUGGGACCUGCUCUUCGCCGACGAUCCAAAUCUUGAGCUCAUAGACUAUAUUUGCAUCGCCAUGAUCCUGCGAAUUCGAUGGAAUUUGAUUGAUGCCGACACUAACGAUGCAUUAAUGCUGCUUAUGCGAUAUCCUCCAACCUCUCCUGAACAUCCUCCGCGCUCCUUCGUUCUGGAUGCUCGGUAUCUACGCUCAACGCCCAGCGUAGAAGCUGGGAGUGAUAUUAUAAAGAAGUACUCCAAGAGAGCUCCCCUUCCAUUCAAGCCUCGUCCCCAACGACCAUCAACACCAGAUCACACCAAUAUCUCUCCUGGCACUCCACGUUCUCAACGCUCAAGAUCGCCUUUUGUUCCAACUGGCCUUCCCAAUGCUUUCGACACCCUGAUCAACGAUGCUGCUCGUGGUUUUAUGAAUCGCGGCGAGAAGUGGGGUUUUAAUCAAGCUGUACGCGAUGCUGUGGGGGAAGUUCGCAAGAACGUGCAGAAUCUCCAGGUCACUAGCCGAGGUUCGCCACGGGGAUCUUCUCUGAUGAGUCCUGGACAUAGGAGUAACAAAUCCUCCACUGAGACCGCAGGAAACAUCGCAGCGAACGUGUUGCGGAAGUUAACCACGUUGGAGCGAAGAAAUAAGGAACUGGCACAGAUGCUUGAGGUUGCAGUAGCGGACCUUUGGUCAGCUGAAAAAGAGAUUGCGGACGGAAAAGGAGUGCGAGAGGAAGCUCUACAAAAAUUAAGCAUGGCGAUUGCGAAGGUGCAAUUCGUGCAGGUAUUUCUGCAGGACUCUACGUUGCCAUUGCCCGAGGAAGAAAUAUCUAGGAAGACGGAGACGGCUGCCACGAAGGAAGCUGAGAUUACGUCUGGUGAUACAGCAAAGGUUCAGGAAGAAAUGCCAAACUUAGAGAAUCAACAGAAGGAUUCGGGUUUGGAGCGAAUGACAUCCUCGCUUGCACCAUCACCACUGCCAGCAGCGACCAGGCCAAUGGCCACAUCGAGUCCGCCACCUAGUCUACCCACUACCUCCAUAUCCACACAUCAUGUUUCUGCCACUUCUCCUUCAAUCGCGAAAGCAUCGUUAGAUCCUUCACCUGCCGCGAGAGCAUACCCGAAUCACGCCACAUCUCGAGCGCGAAUCGAGCAAUCUAGUUACUCGUGGAUCUUAAGCCAGGAGGAUUCGUCCGAUUCCACACGCCCUUCUUUUGCGCCUCCCGAGAAAAAAUAUCAUGUCCAAAGAAAGGAGAAAGGUUUUCUAUUUGGGGAAGACAAUGAUGUCGUCGGUGAGAGGAGAGUUGUCAAGGGACGGGCGGUUCGUAAGGUGAGCAGAGAUGUAAGGAAGAUUGGAGCGAGUAGCAGUCCGGCACCUUUGGGACGUGUGAUUGAUAACGAGGAUACUGGAAUCGUGGUGGAGAAGAGCGAAGAGGGAAGCGACAACACUGGGCCUAUUUAAGAUAAGUGCGCUGGUUCAUGGAGCUACAUAUUUGUACAAGAGAAGUCUCCUGUUCCAUUUUAUUAGUUCUUUUUUUUACUUUUAAUUUUAAACAGGUUCGCGGUAAAGAAAUCAAGAGCAACCUCAAUGGGUAGGCCAUCGAGCAGAUCGUCUCCACCGACAAAUGAUGACUCGAAUAAAUAACAGUGUGAACUAGGCAAACAGCAUAUAAUUAAUUGCGAUUAUUCUUUAC